UCUGAAAAUCAGAAACAAGAAAUUGCAGAAAGUCCAAACAGGCUUCCAGGUUGUCAACUGACUCAACUCCCAUAUUCAGAACCUGCAAAUCUUACUUGGGAGUUCAACCAGAAGCUUCAAGCUUCAAUCUUUGCUACAGCCAGUUUGGUUUUGUCUCUUUAUGUUCAUAUUGAAUAAGUCAAGCUUUUGCUGAAGGCUAAAUGUUUUAGAGGAUUGUGCAUAAAGAUCGUUCCUUCUUUGUAAGUUGAGGAGGAGGAGAUGUGGGGUUUUGGGGGUCGGUAUUAUUGGGGAAGAAAAGAGAGGAGGAAUGAUGGGAUUGAAGGAAUAGUUGUGGUGUUUGCUUGGAUGUCCAGUGAAGAGAAGCAUUUGAAGAACUAUGUGGAGCUCUACUCGUCUCUGGGUUGGAACUCGCUCGUCUGCCACUCUCAAAUUCUCAAUAUGUUCUUCCCUGAGAAGGCCACAACUCUAGCAACUGAUAUUUUAAAUGAACUUGUUCAGGAGCUGAAGGUUAAGCCUUGCCCUGUGGUCUUUGCACCUUUCUCCGGUGGUCCAAAAGCUUGCAUGUACCAAGUUCUUCAGAUAAUUGAGGGAAUUUGUGAAUCAAAACUGAAUCUGGAUGACUGCCGACUGGUUAGAGAUUGUAUAUCAGGUCAUAUAUAUGAUUCCAGCCCAGUGGAUUUUACUAGUGAUCUGGGUACUAAAUUUGUUCUUCAUCCAACUGUCCUGAAAAUGUCCCAUCCACCAAGAGUAGCAUCAUGGGUGGCACAUGGCAUUGCUUCUGGUCUUGAUGCUCUCUUCCUCAGCCGGUUCGAGUCACAACGGGCUGAGUAUUGGCAGACUCUCUACUCCACUGUUGGUAUGAAGGCCCCUUAUCUUAUUCUAUGCUCAGAGAAUGACGAUCUUGCUCCCUAUCAAGUUAUCUGUAAUUUUGCUGAACGCUUGCGAGAACUUGGAGCAGAUGUAAAACAAGUAAAGUGGAAUGACUCUCCUCACGUAGGUCAUUUUAAGCAUUAUCCAAUUGAUUACAAGGCUGCUGUAAAUGAGCUCCUUGGUAAAGCAGCAGGAGUCUAUUCCCAGAAAAUUAGACAACUGGGAGGAGAAAGCUUGUGUGUGCAGGCAGGGCAUGAUGAUGUCAUCGAGCCAAUCAGUAGCCUUAGGAAAGCUGCAGGAGCCUCGAAUGGAUUCCGAGGAGUGAUAUUGGGAUCCAGUGAUGACCUCUUUCCCACCUCAACAGAAUAUUACGGAGCAGGGUCUGUGCAAGAUGAAGGUUUAAUUCACCUCUCUGACCCGGCAACGCCGACCAUGAAUGCCCAUGGAGUUCUCGGUCAGGUUCUUUUCGACGUCUGUGUUCCUAAAACCAUCGAGAAUUGGGACAUAAAAUCAAGUUCCUUGAAUGGUAAUGGCCGCUCAUUUAGUUUUAGAAGAAGGCAAGCUCCCUUAAACCAAAUUAAGUGCUUACGUCGCUCAAGACUGUAAUAAGGUUUAGGGAUGAUCUAAAGUUUUUUCGUUGUUUUUCUUUCUUGCAAUAGGAGGAUAUACCAAAUUGAAUAAACUGUAAUGCAGCAAAUCAGAGGACGUUGUAUAAACUGUGAAGUGUAAAAAGGAAUUUCAUUACAAUGAUUACAUAUACCAGGACA